AUGCAAGAUAUAAAAACAUAUCUUUCCACAGCGCCUGUGUUAGCUGCUUUAUCGUUGGGAUUUUUAGCCGGUUUAUUAAUUGAGAUAAAUCGUUUUUUCCCGGAUGCCCUUAUUUUUCCCUUUUUUUGA